UCAGCCUUGCGCUCCAGGUGGCGAGGGCUCUCGCGAGACGUUGCGAAGCCGUGGAUUUCAGCCCGUGCGACCCCGUGCCCGCUCUCUUUCCCUAAGAUGGCUCCGAAGGUGAAGAAGGAAGCUGUCCCUGCCAAGACUGAAGCUAAAUCCAAAGCCUUGAAGGCUAAAAAGGCUGUUUUGAAAGGUGUUCACAGUCACAGGCAGAAGAAAAUUAGGACAACACCUACCUUCAGGAGACCAAAGACGCUCAGACUGAGAAGGCAGCCCAAAUAUCCCAGAAAGAGUGCUCCUAGGAGGAACAAGUUGGACCAUUAUGCUAUCAUUAAAUUCCCACUCACCACUGAGUCUGCUAUGAAGAAAAUUGAGGACAACAAUACUUUGGUUUUCAUUGUUGAUAUAAAAGCCAACAAGCACCAAAUCAAACAGGCUGUUAAGAAACUGUAUGAUAUUGAUGUAGCUAAAGUCAACACUCUUAUCAGGCCUGAUGGUGAGAAGAAAGCCUAUGUCCGCCUGGCCCCAGAUUACGAUGCAUUGGAUGUUGCUAAUAAGAUUGGCAUCAUCUGAACUGUUUUCAAGAAGAACUGUAUAAAUAUUGCAAUAAAAUUUUAAAAGACAGAAUUCUUUUCAAUUA